AUGAUCAAUACUUAAAUAGCCAACCUAACAAAAUAAUUAAAAAUUAAGGAUGAUGCAAUUCAAAAAGCAUAUUUAAUUAUUGAAGCAUAAUAAAAAGAGAUAUUGAAUUUGUAAUAAUAUUAAUAAUUAUCUGUAACAAAAUAAUCAACUACUCGUAAUAUAAGCAAAUCAAUGCAUAAUUUCAAUUUCCAAUCAUAAAUUGAAAAUUAUAAACAGGAAAUUACUAACUUUCUUGAAUAUGAAAAAAUGAUUGAAUACUUUUUUAAUAAUCAAUUAAAAGAUCAAUAAGUUAUAAUAAGCAACUAAAAAUUAACUUAAUUAGAUUUUGAAUUAGAGUAUUGGUAAAAUUUAUAUUAAGAAACAAUCAAAACAUUAGAAAAAGCAAUUAAAAUAAACAAUACUAUUGAAUAAUAAAAUUUAGAAUUAUAAUAGUAUUUAGAGUAAAUUGUAUUUGAAAAUAAACUUGCCAGAUAAUACAUUUAAUAAUUAACUAAAACUGAAAAUAAUUCCAGCUAAUAGGUUGAUGUACUAGAUUUUAUUAGCUCUUCAUCAAUAUAAGCAUUAAAUUAAUCAUUUUAAACAUUCUCAAGUUUUAUAUCUGAAGUUGUAUUGUGUGCCACUACAAAAUUUAAAUUGAAAUAAUAAGAGGAGACAUACUAGAUUUCAGAUUUUAAAAAAGAGAUAAAACAACUUUAAUCUGCUUCUCUUUAAUAUGAAAUAUUCUUUCAAGAAAUAGCUAAUAUAUUGGGAAUCUAAUAAGAUUAAUAAUCAUUUUUAUAACAUCAGGGUUAAAUUAUCAAAGAAAUUAAAAGUUUACAAUUCUAGACUCUAACUCAAAGAGAAUCAAAUAAAGAAAAUGAAAUGAAUAAUUGCAAUAUAAGUUAAAAUGUCUAAAAAUUGUCUACUAUAAUUAAUUAAUUUAAUAAUGUUUUCAAUUAAAUCGUAUAACAAUUUUAGGAGGAUCAAAAAUUAAAUGAAAUAUUGUCUUAAAUUCAUAAUCUAAUUAAUUUGCUUUUUAAUGAAAUAACAGAUAGUAAACUUGUUAAUGUUAAAUUAUUAAAUGGUUUAAAUAGUUCGUGCAGAUAGCUCAGAAAUAGUUACUAAAAAAUGGUUGUUUGA